AUGAGCUCCAGUCUGGUCAACUCUCUGGCCAAGGUGUACGACCCCAAACCUCGUCACGGUCAGAAACCAGCCGGGACGAAGCUGACACCCACUGGAUCUGACAAACAACCCUGCACACCGUCCUCAGCCUCUUCCUCCUCCUCUUCUCCGGUCAAUGCUGCAUGGUGCGUCAUGACUGAAAGCCGCAUGGAAUCUCUAAGCAGCAAGAUGGAGCGUCUGCUCAACGUCCAGGAGACUGUCCUCAUCCGGCUGGAUGACCUGUCCCGGGACAUGGGGGGCGUGGGGCGGGAGGUGGCCUCUCUCAGGGCCGGGGGCUGGCGGUCUGGAGGUCUGGGUGGAGUUCAGACCCACGGUGAGACCCAGAACCAGAACCAGGGGGUGACGGUGGAGGGUCAAGCCCAGGAGCUGGCGACUGCCUGCAGGGAGCUCCAGGGGGUGGUGCAGGAGGCCAGCCAGCAGGUGGAGCAGCAGGGGCGGAGGCUGGAGGGGAUGGAGGGGCUGAUGGUGGGCAUACAUCAGGUCAUCAGCUUCAUCGAAGAGGUGGUGAAGAGCUCCCGGCUGGCUAAACUGCUGUUUAAUAAGCCUGGUGGCUGUAGGGGGACUAAGGCAAAGCAGGCCAGGAAGGUGAGGGACACACACCAUGACAGCCUUUAUUUAAUAAAGAAAAUUAAAAGCUUCAGUUGUAAAUCAUAUUCAACCCACUGGGCACACCCUGGUUGAAUCAACGUUGUUUCCAACCUGGAAUAGACAUUAAAUUGUCGUCUGUGCCAAGUGAGUGCUGGCCCCUUUUUUCAUUUUUACACUGGAGCCAGUGCUGGGUUGUAUUUUAUUUGCUACCUUAAAUUACUACUCCACACUGCAUUACCCACCCCAUGCCUUGUCAUAUUAUCUACACAGAAAUGGAGAAGACUGUAGUCACUGUAAAACUACCCAUGGGUUAGGUAUAGGAUUAUCCUUUGCACUUUGUGGGCUACAUUUGAAGUGUCUAGCUAAGGAGUCUAGUCUAUUGUGUUAGUGGAUAACUCUCUGAAUGUGUGACAUGACUCCACAUGAUUCAUCAGUCAACCAGCUGGACAGUUAGCCUUGUGGAGGGAUCUCAACAUAGCCAGCAUUACACCCUUUAACUAACCUUUAACCAUUCUAUGGAAGUCCUAUUCAAGGAUAGGAUAAUAUUGCCCCACCCUAGAACUAAAGGCAACCGGAGUGCUUGUGGGGAUUUUAGAUGACUGGUGUCAAUCUAUCUAGAAGCAGCCACGUAUUUUGGGCAUAACAAAUAUCGAACCGCGUACCAUGUUAUGUGUUUCUGUUUUCUUUGUGCUUAUGUGUUCAUGCUAUGUGUUUACAUUGUGCGUUUAUCAUUGUGUGUCUGUAAGUGUGUGUGUGGCGUGCACGCAAGCGUCUGUCUGUGUGUGUUGAGGUACCAGUAUCAUGUAUUACUGCUGCAUUUUCCCCUGCACUGUGGGGGACUCUGGGUCCUGGGGGUUUCCUGGGUCCUGGGGGGUCUCUGGGUCCUGGGGGUCUCUGGGUCCGGGGGUCGAUGGGUAAAGCAAAUCUAUAAUGUCAGCUUUAUUAUCUUGGCUAGGUCCCAAAUGGCACCCUAUUCCCUAUAUAUAUAUAAUCGAUAUACAGUAUAUAUGGGCCCUGGUCAAAAGUAGUGCACUAUAAAGGGAAUAGGGUGCCAUUUGGGACGUAUCGCUAGUAUCGCCUUCUGGGCCUCUAAUGUUUAGGCACUCUGGUGGAGAGGGGAGGGAGGUGCGGUAUAGAUUACAUGCUAUGUGUGUGUGUGUGUGAUCCCACACAUGUUACGCACGGACAAACACACACACACACACACACACACACACACACAUACACACACACACACACACACACACACACACACACACAGUAGUUGGAGAUGACAUGAAAGCCCUUCUCUGUCCACCAUGACAUGACAACCAUGCUUCAGUUAUGAUGGCAAUCAUAGCAACGGCAACAAACACCUGCAUCUGUUAAUGUGUAGUGAAACAUACAACUCCACCAUUGCUAUCGGAAAUGUGCUACUGUAUACUAGCUCUGUUAUAUAAUACAUGCAUGGAAUAUGAACUUGUAGCUUUCACAGAUCCUUAAAUCGUCCUGGCCAUACGUGCAAAUUGUUGGUAAUAGAAGGUACAAACAAAUGUGCCAAUCUACAGAUGUAGGAUCUUAAUUUGAUCACCCUGUUACAGGAGAACAUUCCUGCAAUGCAGGACAUCGGUAUCCCAUCGGUGUCCCGUACACGGUGUCCCGUACACGGGACGGUUGAGCUAAUGUGCGCUAAUGUGGUUAGCAUGACUGUUGUAAGUAACAGCAAACUUUCCAGGACAUAGACAUGUCUUAUAUUGGCAGAAAGCUUAAAUUCUUGGUAAUCUAACUGCACUGUCCAAUUUACAGUAGCUAUUACAGAGAGAAAAUGCCAUGCUAUUGUUUGAGGAGAGUGCACAACAACAAAAAUCUUAUGGCAACUGGUUUGAUACAUUCACCUCUGAAGGUAAAUAAUGAACUUACAUUCAGUAAUCUUGCUCUGAUUUGUCAUCCUAAGGGUCCCAGAGAUAAAAUGUAGCAUAGUUUUGUUUGAUAAAAUCCAUUUUUAUUUUCAAAUGUAGGAACUGGGUUCUACAGUUUGAACCCCUGCUGUCUCUGGCUCCACACCCACCCUGCCCGGCCACCUAGAUGUGUGAAAAUUACUGUAUAAGCUAAUGAUCCAUCAUGUAUGACAUUCCUGGGAGUGUGUAAACUUACAUUUUGUAUUACCAUAUCAUUUUCCUCUAUAGUUAUGUACUUGAAAAUGUAUCAAUUGACCAAUUCGGCACAUUUGGGCAGACUUGAUACAAAAUAGUCCAGUAUUGCAAUGCUUCACUGGAUCAAUCUGAAACUUUGCACACACACUGCUGCCAUCUAGAGACCAAAAUCUAAAUUGCACCUACACUGCAUUAUUAUGUUGUGGCCUUUCUCUUACAUUUCAAAGAUGACCCCCCCAAAAAAAAAAAAAAAAAAAAAAGAUUUUGGUUUUGUUUGUAUUAUCUUUUACCAGAUCUAAUGUGUUAUAUUCUCCUACAUUAAUUUCACAUUUCCACAAACUUCAAAGUGUUUCCUUUCAAAUGGUAUCUAGAAUAUGCAUAUCCUUGCUUCAGGUCCUGAGCUACAGGCAGUUAGAUUUGGGUAUGUCAUUUUAGGCAAAAAUUUAUAAAAAGGGUCCGAUCCUUAAGAGGUUAAAGUGUAUAUGUCUCCUCCUCUCUCCCUGUCAGCUGAAGGACAAUGUGAUGAGGGAUGGAAAAGACAAGGCCAAACUCAGCCUGAAAGGCCAGAAAUCCCAGAAGAAGAAGAAGCCUCCACAUGCAUCAGGUAGCAGAGAUAAACACACCACCUUCACCUCAACUUGUAACACAAUAAAGCAGUCAAAUAAAUGUAAGUAAAAUAGAGCAGCAGUGCUUCAUUGGUAAUAGAUGUCUAAUGAGGGGUACUCUUUGUCCCUCCUCAGACAACGUAGAGGCCCUUCUUCUAGACCAGGUGGAGAAGCUCAACAGGCAGAAUGCUGAGCGUUCUCAUGGUAACGGGGUGGUUCUGGACAUGCUCCGCGCCCCCGUCGUCCAACCAGAGGACCUGGAGGAUCUAGAGGGGGAGGAGGAGGAGAAGAGGAGAACCCCUGAGCGGGAGGAAGAGCAGAGGGCCAGGGAGGAAGAGGAGGAAGAGGAGGGGGAUAUAUUUGGUGAAUCUGAGCCUGAGGAAGAGGAGGGGAGGGAGGAACAAGUUGGAGAGGAAGAGGUGGAGAAGAGAAUGGAAGGAGGGGAAGAAGAGUCAUCAUUGUCACCAGAACCUCUAGAAAGGUACCUUUUCAAACUCAACCCAUCUUUUGACAUUACUAUGACUGUAAAUUGCAACUUCUGUAUACUGUACGCUUACCAAAAUAACUACUGGCUAAUUACUUAACACAAUUAAUAGUUGUUUUGAUAUUUGUUUGAUGUUUGUUUGUUAUUUAGCUCUGAGGAGUUAAGUGAAGUGGCCACCAGCAGUAAAAACUGUGUCACAGAGGAGGACCUGCUGAAAGAUGAACUGAAAAAGAGCAGAGUGGAGGAGAGGAAAGAGGAGGAGGAUGAAGAGGGAGGAGUACCUGAGGGGGCAGAGCCUCAGGCUGCCCAAUCAAAGGCAGAGAAGAUGAAGGAGGAAGAAAAGGUGGACGACGGACAGCCAGAAGAGUACAUCAUUGGUGAGGUUCAUCAUUUCACAGAAAUGGAAACUGACAAAAGUUUGAAAACAAAGCAGGAAGCUAAUUUGUGGCAACAUUCCUAAAAUAAAAUAUAGUAUUGUCAUAUAUUCUGUAAAUGAAGUCUCUUGAUAUUAUCCUGGGUUGGCAAGCAGGCUGAAAAACAGUCAGAAACCCUAACUACUACUGACUUCCUAGUUAGGGACAUUAGACUUUCAGUCAUUCACCACACAGAUGACAUUACUUAACCACACCAUGCAUGUUUGUAAGUCACAAACAUGUCACAGCUGGCAAAUUGGAUUAUGAAAUGCUGGCAUGAGACCAUAUGAUCCGUUUAGUUACUAAGAGAGAACAGACACUAAUCUAUCUCCUGUAUGCUCCCUAUCCACUCUUCUGUCACCUCACUCCAUUUCCCUUAUCCCUCACUCCCUACCUCCCUCUCCUUUUCCCCAUCGCUCUCCUCCAUCCAUCCAUCCAUCCAUCCAUCCAUCCAUCCAUCCAUCCAUCCAUCCAUCCAUCCAUCCAUCCAUCCAUCCCUCUCUCUCUCUCUCUCUCUCUCUCUCUCUCUCUCUCUCUCUCUCUCUCUCUCUCUCUCUCUCUCUCUCUCUCUCUCUCUCUCAUCUCCAGACUCUACCCCUCCGCCAGCAGCCCCCUUUGACCACCGCAUUGUGACUCCAAAGCCUCACCAGAUUGCUACCUUCUACGCCAUUAACAGAGAAGAGGUCCUAGGAGGGUGAGUCAGGAGGAGAGUGAGAGAGAGUGAGAGAGAGAGAGAGAGAGAGAGAGAGAGAGCGAGAGACAGUGAGAGAGAGUGUGAGAGAGAGACAGAGAGAGAGAAUGGGAGAGACAAAGAGAGAGAGACAGAGAGAGAGAGAGAGAGAGAAGAGAGAGAGAGAGAGAGAGAGAGAGAGAGAGAGAGAGAGAGAGAGAGAGAGAGAGAGAGAGAGAGAGAGAGAGAGAGAGAGAGAGAGAGAGAGAACCAUCCCUACAAUGACAACCCAAUUAAAGCCUGAUAUAGAAGAGUAAACAUGACUAUAAUGUUAUUGUUAGCUUAGCUCUAUUGUACGUUGAGGCAAAAAGGACAGGGUGUUAUAAAGCAUCAAUGUUAUUAAUCUCGGCCCCCAGAACCAAAGCAGCUCCUCAUCUUUAAUGUUAAGGCUGCCACAAGAGACUACACUGUUUAUGAACUUGUUUCUCUGUAUGUGAUUGUGGGUUCAUAGGGGACGUUUUGGACAAGUCCACAAAUGUGUGGAGAACUCUUCUGGACUGACGCUGGCUGCCAAGAUGAUCAAAGCCAGGAGCCAGAAAGAAAAGGUAAGGACCUAAAUAAUCGAAACGUGAGACCUGAAACAGUACUUGAUUAUAGGCCUCCCAGGUAUACAUUUCUGACAUUGAUACUGUAUCAUAUGCCAUGUAGCAUGGGUGCUUCCCAUAUGGCACCCUAUUCCCUAUCAAGUGCAACUUUUGACCAGGGCCCUGGUCAAAGGUAGUGCACUACAUAGUGAAUAGGGUAUCAUUUGGAACGAAGCCAUUAAUAUCAGAUGUACAGUAUGCGUCCAAUUAAGAUGGAUGGAUAUUUUAUCAUAGCACAAAAGUAAUAGAAUACGAUUUUAAAGUAGAUAAUGUGUUUCUGUCCGUCUGUCUGUCCGUCCGUCUGUCUGUUUGUCUGUGUGUGUCUGUUUCUGUGUCUGUCUUUCUGUCCGUCUGUAAUGUGUUUCUGUACGUCUGUCUGUCUGUGUGUGUGUGUCUGUCUUUCUGUCCGCCAUUAAUAUCAGAUGUACAGUAUGUGUCCCAUGUCCCCACCACCAUUAAGAUGGAUGGAUAUUUUAUCAUUGCACAUAAAUAAUAGAAUACGAUGUUAUAGUAGAUAUAGCUUCAUCGCCCUCAUAUCCAUGGCACAUGUGGCAGUAUGUCAGAGUCAGUCUCAUCUUCUGCUUUCCUAUGGUCAGCUGAGUAUAACAUGGGAGAUAAGAUUGCCGACUAAUGUAGUGCAUAGCUGGUUGAUUACGUUAUCAUGUCAGAUAUUCACAAAGUAGUUAGCCCACCAAUGCCACGGCCAAAGCCAAAGCUGGCUCAGGUUGCUGUGUGAUACUGUAGGUCUCAAUUACGGAUCCCGUUGACACUGUCUGUGUGUGUCUGUUUCGGUGUCUGUCUUUCUGUCUGUCUGUAAUGUGUUUCUGUCCAUCUGUCUGUCUGUCUGUUUCUGUGUCUGUCUUUCUGUCCGUCUGUAAUGUGUUGCUGUCCGUCUGUCUUUCUGUUUGUCUGUGUGUGUCUGUUUCUGUGCUUGUCUUUCUGUCCGUCUGUAAUGUUUCUGUCUGUCCGUCUGUCUGUCUGUAUGUCUGUCUGUCUGUCUGUUUCUGUGUCUGUCUUUCUGUCCGUCUGUAAUUGUUUCUGUCCGUCUGUCUGUCUGUGUGUGUCUGUUUCUGUGUCUGUCUUUCUGUCCGUCUGUAAUGUUUCUUUCCGUCUGUCUGUCUAUGAGUUGUAAUGUGUUUCUGGCUGUCUUUCUAAUGUUGAAUAUGUUGUUCUGUUUCCCAGGAUGUGGUGAAGAAUGAGAUCCAGGUGAUGAACCAGCUGAACCACGCUAACCUUAUUCAGCUCUACGCCGCCUUUGAAUCACGCCACGACAUCAUCCUCGUCAUGGAAUAGUGAGUCCCUCCCUGUGUGUGUGUAUUUCUCCUCUCUGCACUAUACCAUACAGUAUCUCUACUCUUUAAAUCCCAGUGUGGGACUGUAAUUCCUCUCUCUCUACUGUAGUCUAUGAUGACUGACUGUCUCUCCUCUCCUCUCUAUGUAGUGUGGAUGGCGGGGAGCUGUUCGACCGGAUCAUAGAUGAGAACUACAAGCUGACAGAGCUGGACACAGUGCUGUUUAUCAGGCAGAUCUGUGAGGGACUACAGUACAUGCACAGGAUGUACAUCCUACAUCUAGACCUCAAGGUAGGACUCACCUUAGCUCCCUAGUUGCAUAUCCUCAUCACUCUGUUACUCUGUUACUUUCUCCCUCGCUUCCCCCCUUCUCUCUCUUUCUCCCUCUCUCUCUCCCUCACUCUCUCACUGUCCUAUAGUUUUUUGUCUGUUUCUAUACAACCUUCCCCAUUGCACUCUUUUAACACUUUACCUUUCUAUAGCUGUCUCAUCUCCAUCUUCCUGUCAUUAUAGCAUAAUAGCUUAGCAAUGAUGCAAAUAAUUGCAUGCUGUUAUUUCCUUUGUCUCACUGUCUUGCGUUCUUCAAUAUCAUUUCCUAGCCCGAGAAUAUUCUGUGUGUGAGCAGAGCUACAAACAAGAUCAAAAUUAUUGACUUCGGGCUCGCCAGGAGGUAAGGUUCAAUUACCAGUGGUUCCUGGCUUGAUACAGGGCGGAAGGUAGCCUAGCGGUUAAGAGUGUUGGGCCAGUAACCGAAAGGUCGCUGGUUCAAAUCUUCAAGCCAACUAGGUGAAACAUAUGCUGAGGUGCCCUUGUGCAAGGCACUUAACCCUAAUUGCUCCUGUAAGUCGCUCUGGAUCAGAGUCUCUGCUAAAUGACUAAAAUGUCAUCUGUUAACUUUCUUCUCUCGUCCUUCUUGCUUUCUUAGGUAUAAGCCCAGGGAAAAGCUGAGGGUGAACUUCGGAACGCCGGAGUUCCUGGCUCCGGAAGUCAUCAACUAUGAGUUUGUCUCAUUCCCUACGGACAUGUGGAGUCUGGGGGUCAUCACAUACAUGCUGUGAGUCCUGAUAUCCACUAACCGUUACAUUGCUGGGGGUCCUGAUAUCCACAUUGCUGGGGGUCCUGAUAUCAACAUUAUUGGGGGUCCUGAUAUCCACUAACCGUUACAUUUCUGAGGGUCCUGAUAUCCACUAACCGUUACAUUACUGGGGGUCCUGAUAUCCACUAACCGUUACAUUACUGGGGGUCCUGAUAUCCACUAACCAUUACAUUCUUGUGCUCACAUAUUGUACCUGUUUUUAUAGUUUUUAUUUAACCAGGAAAAUGGCCUAGAGGUUAGAAAUCUCUUUUGCGAAGGGGACCUCAGAAGAAGUCAGCAGGUAGUAGUCAGUGUGUACAUACACAACCCAGGAACAAACUAUACAAUACAUCCUUUUCUCCAGGCUGACAGGUCUGUCUCCAUUCCUGGGGGACGAUGACAAUGAGACUCUGAACAACAUCCUGGCCUGUCAGUGGAACUUUGAGGAGGAGGAGUUUACAGACAUCUCUGAGGAGGCCAAAGACUUCAUCACACGCCUGUUGGUCAAGAGCAAGAGGUGAGGGGUACCGUGUGUGUGUGUGUGUGUGUGUGUGUGUGUGCAUGUGUGUGUGUUGACAACUGUGUUGUAGUUCUCUAAAGUUGUAUUAUUAUUCAGUUGUGGACCUGUGUAUCCCUGUGAUAGUGUGUGUUCUAAUCACGCAUGUGUGUGUUUGUGUGUGUUCUCUAGUUGGAGGAUGAGUGCCUCACAGUCACUGAAACAUUCCUGGCUGUCGGAUCGCAAUCUUCACUAUCGCCUGCAUCAGAGGGUAGAACAAACACACACACACACACACACACACACACAUACACAUACACACACACACACACACACACACACACACACAGAGACACAGAGACACAGACACAGACACACACACACACACACACACACACACACACACACACACAGACACAGACACAGACACAGACACACACACAUACAUACAUACACAUACAAGUAUAGUUAAACAUGUCCACACACACACAUACACAUACACACACACACACACACACACACACACACACACACACACACACACACACACACACAUGGAUGGAUUAAACCCAUUUUUAUCCCAAAACACCAAUAUUGUGAAUAUACUGUACCUUUUUCUUACAGAAAAAUAAGUGCCACUCAACACACCCUUACCCUCCCCGAAGAUCUAGACAAGUAAGCCCUGAAAACUACCCAGCUCACCAUAUCACAAACCUUCAUCUUCAACUACUGUAUACCGUACAUCUACACUGAACAAAAAUAUAAAUGCAUCAUGUAAAGUGUUGGUCCCAUGUUUCAUGAGUUGAAAUAAUAAAUCCCAGAAAUUGUCCAUAUGCACAAAAAGCGUAUUUCGCUCUGAUUUUUUUGCACAAAUGUGUCUACAUCCCUGUUAGUGAGCAUUUCUCAUCUUCCAAGAUAAGCCAUCCACCUGAUAUGUGUGGCAUAUCAAGAAGCUGAUUAAACAGCAUGUUCAUUACACAGGUGCACUUUGUGCUGGGGACAAUAAAAGGCGACUUUAAAAUGUGCAGUUUUGUCACACACACAAUGCCACAGAUGUCUCAAGUUUUGAGGGAGCAUGCAAUUGUCAUGCUGACUGCAGGAAUGUCCACCAGAGCUGUUGCCAGAGAAUGUAAGGUUCAUUUCUCUACCAUAAGUUAAAUGUAUGCACGCAUGACUGUAAGUCGCUUUGGAUAAAAGCGUCUGCCAAAUGGCAUAUUAUUAUUAUAUUAUUAUUAUAAGUUGCCACCAACGUCAUUUUAGAAAAUUUGGCAGUAUGUCCAACCGGCCUCACAACCGCAGACCAUGUGUAACCACGCCAGCCCAGGACCUCCACAUCCGGCUUCUUCACCUGCAGGAUCGUCUGGGCCUCGCUCCCCAGUGGGUGGCCCACCUAUGGCUGCACUCCUGCCCAGUCAUGUGCAAUCCAUAGAUUAGGGCCUAAUGAAUUUAUUUAAAUUGACUGAUUUCCUUACAUGAACUGCAACUCAGUAAAAUCUUAGAAAUUGUUGCAUGUUGCGUUUAUAUUUCUGUUCAAUAUAUAUUCACAAGUAUACUGUAGACGCCAAACAAUGGGGUUUUAUUGUCUCUCUUUUGUGUUGGUUUAGUCUCCCAUCCAGAACGAGAGUCCCCUCCAAAAUGACUCCCAAGACCCUGUGGGCGCCUUAUGAUGAUACGGGGUCGGUGCCUUUUGAUGACACUGGGGCCAGGGCCCAACACUGGACCAACACUGCCGUACCUCUAUGGCUACUGGAUUACUGCUCUCUACUCUGCCUCGCAUCCUUUAGCUUAGCUCUGCAGCUUGUGUAACGCAGUUAACAACGUACCGUAAACACACUGGACAGCUAGCCUAAAAUGUCGCCAAUGGCGCUAUCGAUAGCUCCAACGGUUGGUACGUUGUCAAGGAGGGCGGUCACUAUAAAAUGCACUUUAAUGUAUCACUAUCAAAUACAAACAGAACCACUUUUUCAACAAUCAUAUUUAUUACAUUUUCAGCUUACUGUGGAUUUCAAAUAACUUAACAUAGGCCUAGUUUACCAAGUCUUAUCAUACCAUUGCAUUUUUAUUUGUUUGUUGGGUUUUGAUUUAAAAUAAAGGUUUGGGUGCAAUUUAUUUUCCUGGUAUUGUAAAGCUUUAGUUUCUACAGAGUUAGGAAUUCAUUUUCACACACCUUUCUCCUUGAUUUGCCCCAUCAAACUUUAAAUAGAUCACAUUCAUUAAAAUAAAUAAAUCGUUAUUAAUCCAGGUAAGCAUAAACUUGUCGAUAUUAGACAUUAUUCCUCAUUAGACAUUAUUACCUCCUUCUGCUGCUCUUCCCGUUGCUACUGACGUUCAUUUCUCCUGGAGCCGCUGCUGUGAAUAUACUGUAAAAGCGCCUCUUCUGUGCAUGCAUGCUGUUCGCUUGACCCCAACAUUUUACCUUUCUUUGCUUUCGCCCUUUGGAGUAGCCCUCUCACCUUCCAUGAAGGCAUAUUACUGAUCAACAAAACACUACCUAUAUGAUUUCAUAAUUCAUGUUUAUCGCUGAAGUUAGUAGCCUAAGUGCCAGACUGUUUGUGCUGUCAUGCCAACUCCUUGUCACUCCUUGUCAUGCCACAUAUUUGCACUACCCUUCCGACUGGGCAGACAAUGAAAUUACGUUGACCCAACAUGGAAUAGACGUUGAAUU